AUGGGGCAGCAAACUUUGAUUUACAGUUUUGUAGCCCGUGGCACUGUGAUCCUUGCUGAGUAUACUGAAUUUAAGGGAAAUUUUCAAACAAUUGCAUCUCAGUGCCUUCAAAAGCUUCCUUCCUCCAAUAAUCGUUUCACCUACAAUUGUGAUGGCCACACUUUCAAUUACCUUGCUGACAAUGGCUUCACCUAUUGUGUGGUGGCAAUUGAAUCUGCUGGUAGACAACUUCCUAUUGCUUUCCUUGAGCGUGUCAAGGAUGAAUUCAGCAAAAAAUAUAGUGGAGGAAAAGCAUCAACUGCUUCAGCUAACAGUCUAAAUAGAGAAUUUGGGCCAAAAUUGAAACAACAAAUGCAAUAUUGUGUUGACCAUCCCGAAGAGAUCAACAAGCUUGCCAAAGUAAAGGCUCAAGUUGCUGAAGUUAAGGGCGUAAUGAUGGAAAACAUUGAAAAGGUUCUUGAUCGUGGAGAGAAGAUUGAAAUGCUAGUCGAUAAGACUGACAAUCUUCGCUCACAGGCACAGGAUUUCAGAACACAAGGAACAAAAAUGAAAAGAAGAUGUGGAUUGAAAAUAUGA